AUAAUGACUCAAGUGGAAUAUGUUUAUUAUCGAAAAGGCGCGCCUUAUACGAUGCCUUUAAGAAUUUGGCGCCGCGCAAAAUCCGACUCUGCUCGUCGAAUAAUCCAAAAUAACCAUGACGAGACCUUGUAGCCGCGCAAGUAUUGAUCGGUGGUGGUGAUUUGACGAGCGAUAACCGCGCCCACCCUUUCAUCCUACUAUCCCUAUGAAUAACACACCUUUCGUAAAUGUUACCGCGCAAAAAAGCGAACCAAUCUCUCUGUACCUUUUUCAAAAUUUGGCGCCAACUUCGCAACUCGGCUACCUGACGAAUAAGGAAAAGGAAGACUUUUUGUAUUCAGACGAGGAUGGAGAAAAUUACAAUUUCAAGUACAUAUCUGGAAAUCGAUUCAAGUACAUAAUAAAAGAUGUGCAAAGAGAAAGAUGUAGAGACGAGGAGGAACGUGCAUGGUGUAGAUUUGUAAAACAACAAGAAUUAAACAGUAAUAUAAGCACUACUAAUGAGUAUAACAGGGAAGACAGAGAAUUAAGAAGAUUGGAGGAAGAUGCACUUCCGGAAUAUAAAUUAGGAUCUUAUGUUGAAGGCAGUAAAAAGAACGAUCAUAAAUCUAUUUAUCCAAUAAAAGAACACGGAGAAGAAAAUUUUACAAACAGGAUAACAGAAACAAAAAGCAAUGAUACUAUUACUAUCGACAUGGAUCGGUCGAUCUUAAGAGAAGAUUUAUUGCCAUAUAUGAGAUUUAUAAGAUCUAAAAGAUCUUCAGAUCUGAGAAGAACUUCGUCUGAUAUUGUACAAAGGAAACAUCCAAAACAAGACAUAGUAGGCAAUUUUGAAUGCAAUUCUACCCCAGAAUUGAGCAUAGAAUAUGAAAGCGAUAAAGAAGAUAAUAUUUCCGUGGAACCAGAUCCAGUGACUGCGCAUAGAAUUGUAAUAAUGCAACAAAGGAUCUCUGAAUUGUUAGAUGAAAUCUCGUUCAGAUUAGACAGAAUUCCACUGCCCGAUGGUGACAUAGACUUGAAACGGAGACAACAACGUGUUAUGGAAUUUUGUAUAAGAUUGUCGAGAAAUUAUUUAUACGAUCUUACCAGAUAUGUCAAUGACAUUCAGAAACAUAUGCGCGCUAUUUCACCAUCUGCAAAGAUAAAAUCUGGUCGUAGAGGCAUUACGUUUCACAUGCAGAUUAUCGAACAAAAAUUGAUAGCUUCUCAUCAGUUAUUAUUGCAUGGAUUAACUGCUUAUUGUAGGCAUAUUCCUUGUUCAAUUCCGCAAGGUCAUUCUAAAAAAAUUAAAGAACUAUUAAAAGUAGUGACCGAUUUGAAAGAUAUUUGUGAUCAUAUUCAAUUGACUAGAAAUUAUUUUGGCUCUGGAGACACCUGUACGUUACCACUGGAAAAAGAGACACAAGCCAAGUGUAACGCUAUUUUGUCUAAGUUGAAACUGAGUUCAGGAACUGAAUCGCAAUUAGAUGAUUAUAAUACAGUUUCAAAUAUAAUUAUUCCACUGAAUGUACCACGGGCAAGAAACCGUUCUAAACGUAAGAAUUUGGAAACUCGAUUGAGAAUGUAUAAUAAUAUGGAAGCUAAAGCAUAUAAGAGCAAUUUUAGAAGAAAAUCCUCAGCAUGUCAUAUAAAGGAUAAAAAAACUGAUACACGUCAUAAUAAAAUUAUUUAUAACGAACAUUUAUCUUUACCGCAACAACCAAAUUCUAGUCCAAUUACGAAUGCAUUUUCUAAAGAAAUUAUCCAAGAGGAUGACACAAAGUAUAAAACAUCCUUGAAAGAAGAUGAUAUUAAGACAAUAAUGGGAACAGUUCCUGUAGAUUCUGAUAACGAUACCAACUUGGAAAUACAAUCCAAGCAUACCAAUAGAUUGCUAUUAUCAAAAAAGGCAAAGGUCAUGAAAGAGUCGCCUAAUAAAUUGUAUAAUGUAAAAUUUUAUAAAGGCGAGGCGAGACAUAAUAAAUUAAGAAGUAGUCAAUCAAAUCAUUAUAAUGAUUCAAUAAAUAAGAUAAAUGAUUCAGCAACUUCCGACGAAGUAUUGUUUGAAUUUCUUCCAAAGUAUCAAUCUUUUCAAGAUUUUAAUAAUAAAGAUAUUUCAAAUGGUGAUUUCAGAAAUCAUAUAACCAAGAAACAUUCUGUAUCAAAAAGCAGAAAAGAAAUCAAUAAGGAUAGAAGAAACAUGAAUUUGAUUUGUCUCUCAUCCUUGGAUAACAUGUCCAACGAACGUACAUGUUAUAAUGCUAUGAGUCACCUGGACAACCAUAAAAGUCAGAAUAGUCUCAUCCAAUUAUUUAUUUCUAAAGAAACUGAAGCGAAAUUUUUGAGAUAUAGAAUAGAAUACUAUCAUUUAUUUAAAUGUAGUCCGAUGUAUUCCAACAAUACGCAAAAUAAGCCAUGGAAUAUUGUCGCAUGGAUUUCUGAUAAACUCGUGGAUGAAUUAAUCAACGAAAUUGCAAAGGAAUUAGAAAUGCAAGAUAUAAUCCAAAAAAUGUAUCAACUAGAAUUUAAAGAAUUUUAAUAUAUACGUAUACACGCACGCACGCACGCACGCACGCACAUUUAUAUAUAUAUAUAUAUGACAUAUUUCUCUCAGAUAUAUUAAUUACGUAUGAUAGAAAAGAAUUAUAUUUAUUUGAAAAGCACAAAAAUUUGGAAUGUUUUUACACGUACGUUACUUUUAUAAAUAAAACGUUGAUAUUUUAAA